CGAGCCCGAGACCAGGCCUCCGCCAGAGCUCAGUCCCAAACCUUCAAGUUUGCCUGAGCCGGAGAACGACACUGAGCCCGAACACCCCUGGUACCGCCGCCGCCUCGUCUGCAGUGGCGGCACAUGCUACCCCUCCGUGUUCCCUCGCUCCGACUUCUCCCUCUCGACUCCCGGUGCAGCAGCUGCGGGCCUGAACCUUUUUGGCGGCCUGGACGACCGCGCCAAAAACGAUGUGUAUUCCAUCUCGGUCUGUGACUUCGCUGUCACGCGGCUGUACACCAUGGGAGACAUCCCGUCGACGCGCUUUGGACACGGCAGCGCAUUCGCGGGCAGCGUGGUCGUCGUCUGGGGCGGUGACACGAUGUCGGCGUCGUCGCAUCAGCUGCGCGCGAGGGCCAGGUACGAUAACGGGCUCUAUUUCCUCAAUCUCGCGAGCCGCGAGUGGACCCGGGUGUUCAUUGACGGCGCGGCACCGGUGGGGCGGCUUGGGCACACGGUCGUGAUGAUUGGGCCCCGGGUCUACGUCUUCGGCGGGCAUGCGCACGGCGAGUUCUUCAACGACAUCUGGUCCUUUGACCUGAGCACACUGAUAUCGAAGCCGGCAUGGGAACAGCUCGACCCGCCCAAAGGCGCGCCCCGGCCGUCUAGGCGCUCGGGACACUCGUGCGUUGCGUACAAGGACCAGCUCAUUAUGUUUGGCGGGACGGAUGGCAAGUACCACUACAACGAUAUCUGGGCAUUCGAUACCCGUACGCGCACAUGGUCCGAGUUCUGGUGCGGGGGCUAUAUUCCGUCACCACGCGAGGGCCACAGUGCUGCGCUCGUCGGGGACAUCGUGUACAUCUUUGGGGGCCGUGGGGUGGAUGGUGCCAACAUCGGCGAGCUUGCUGCGUUCCGGAUAUCCAACCAGCGGUGGUACAUGUUUCACAACAUGGGCCCUGAGCCAGCGCCACGGUCGGGGCACGGCAUGGUCGCUGUCGGCACGAAAGUAUAUGUCCUCGGUGGCGUGAGCGAGGACAACCUUGAUGAGACAGGCAAGGACGCGAACGUAGCUUAUGUCCUAGACACGAAUAUGAUCAAGUAUCCUAAAGCCAGACGGCCACUCCCACCUACCCCGGGGUCCCCCCCAAACAUGUUGUCUCCGCUACGGUGACACCCAGAGCCUCAUCCCUCACGAACUCUUUCCUCGCUUUCCACUCUGCCUGCACUGCGUGCUAUUCACGAAGUCGAUAUCAGCAACUCCUCCACCCACCCGUUUCUCCUCUGGCAUACCCCAUUGACCUUACGCAUAUACGCACUCACACGCUCCUUCAUCAUCAUCAUCAU